AAAGUGAGGAAGAAAUUUUGAUUGUUGUUAUGUGACUUAAGACACCGGAAAGUAAUCGAUUUGGUAUUGCAAACGGUGAUAAAAUUCAUGAACAAUGAACGUCUCGGAAUAUUCGUUUUAUGAGAAUAUCAGCGACGAAUUGAAAUAUUUGGAAAAAGUACGCGGCCCUAAGUAUUUACCGCUAACGCUGAUAGUGCCUAUCACUCUCACGUACGUCGUCAUCUUUGUAACCGGAUUUGUUGGCAAUAUUAUCACUUGCAUCGUUAUCUGGAGAAAUCCGACCAUGCAGACACCGACGAAUUAUUACCUGUUCAAUUUGGCGGUAUCCGAUUUGCUGUUUCUAAUACUGGGUUUACCUUUUGAAUUGAGCGUAUUUUGGCAACAAUAUCCAUGGCAAUGGGGAUUAGGAAUAUGCAAACUAAGAGCGUACGUCUCUGAAACGUCCUCUUACGUGUCAAUAUUAACUAUAGUGGCAUUCUCAAUAGAAAGAUAUUUGGCAAUUUAUCAUCCUCUUCGUCAUUAUCAGAGCGGUCUGAAACGUGCUAUACGAUCUAUCUUUGGUGCAUGGCUGAUAGCUUUAAUUUUUGCUAUACCGUUCGCAGCUUACAUCGAUAUCAAUUACAUUGAAUAUCCACAAAACUCCAAACGAAAUUCAGAGGAGUCCGCGAUUUGUGCGAUGCUGAAAGAAAACAUGCCCGAAUUUCCUCUUUAUCAACUUAGCUGCAUUCUCUUUUUCCUCAUACCAAUGGUGUUUAUCGCGGUGCUUUAUAUUCGGAUAGGAUUACGAAUACAAAGUGACAGCCUUGCGGAGAAUGUCGAGGGAUACGUUCAUGGGGAAACGAAACAAGUCCAGUCACGAAAAACCAUCACACGAAUGCUGAGUGCCGUGGUGAUCACAUUUUUCAUCUGUUGGGCGCCGUUUCACGUUCAACGAUUAUUAUAUGUAUAUGAAGACUCAACGUACGAUGACAUAAAUCAAUGGGUAUAUCCGCUCACUGGUUGUCUUUACUACUUCAGUACGACUAUUAAUCCUAUCUUAUAUAAUGUGAUGAGCGCGAAAUAUCGAAAUGCUUUUAAAGAAACGUGUCGAUGUUCGCCUAGCAAUCCAUCCAUUACCAGAACUCGUCUAAGUAGCAUGAAAGAUUCGAGUAUUAUUUGUGGUGAUAACAAAGGAUCUCAGAUUUUUCGUGGAAGAAGUGCAAAUAGACAAAAUAGUUGUAACAUAUACAACGCAUCGAGCUGCAUGGAAAACAACUUACGAGGGGAAACGCAGCCAGACCAUAGAGAAAUGGAAAAGCGACAAAAUGUACCUGCAAAUGAUUUGUUGACAGCGGAAAAGGACAACAACGAAAUUGUAGCUGCACAGUUUUUAAAUCAGUUAAAAAAAUCAUCGGUUUUGGUGCAUACGAAAAACGGACGUCUCAAAUAUCAAGUGUCUGACAAUGAUACAUCUACAAACGAGACACAUAUCUGAUUGCUGAAUCAUAAAAAAAAGCAAAUAUAAAGUGCAAUUUGAAGACUGUAAUAAAAAUGACAUUUAAAUGAUAUAAAGAUGGAAUCUAAUAUAAAAAUGACAGAAUCUUUUCUUGAUUCUCAAAAUUUUUGUUUAAAAUUGUCACAAGAUUCUAAUAUAUCUGAUACUCAAAAUAUUAAUGAUGCAGAUAUAAUAAUAAUGAGUGACUCCAGUUCUAAAUCAACUUGUUCUAUACCUAAAUAUGUCUUAGGAUCAACAUCAAAUAAUCAUCCUACAAUAGAUAAUACUAUUUAUAUUGAAGAUUCUUCAGAUUCUGAUUCUAUAGACAUUACAAAUGAAAAAUAUUUUCAAUCUUGGAGAGCAAAUAAAAAAUCCUAUUUUAUUAAUAAUUUUCAAGAAAGAAAAGAUAUUAUAAAAAAAAAUAAUACAUUGUAUAUGUCUGAUGAUUUUUCAUCUAGUAGUAGUGGACAAGAAUAUACAACAACUUCUAAAAGAACAAAUAAUAGUUAUAUCACUUGUACAAGAAAAAAUAGAAUUAAUGAUAUAUCAGAAACAAAUAUUCAAUGCAAUACUAAUACUACUGAUAUUAGUAAUUUGAAAAAUUUUAAUAGUAUUACUCAACCACCUAAAACCAUACCUCAUAUUAAUAGUGUUAAAAAAAAAAUUUCAAAAGAAGAUACUAAAAAUAUUAUAAAAAAUAUAAAAUCUACACGAAUAAUAUAUGAAUCACCUAAAAUUCAAAAAGAAAAAAAUGUAAUAUCUAAUAAGGAAAUAGAUAAUAAUAUUAUACAUCCUGCUAUUUCACCUAAAAAUAAUUUAAAAACAAAUGAUAUAUUUAUUAAUGAAACUCAAAUAGAUUCUGAAAGUGAUAUUAUUCAAGAUUCUCAAGUGAAUCUUACACAUUCUUAUAAAACUCGUGUUAAUAAAUUUUUAAAUACACCAUGUAUAAAAAAAGAUACAACAUCUAUUAAACUAUCAGAAAGAAAAAGAAAACAAAUUUCACAAUGGCUUAUGACAAAUUUACCUGAUUCUCAAAGUGAUAGUUCACUUGAUAUUGUGCCUCUUACUAAUAAACAUGAUAAAAGUUCUGGAAAUAGCAGUUUAGAAAGAUUAGAAAUGAAUUAUGAAACUCCAAACAAUAGGGGAAAAAUAAAUCAAUUACCUAUAAGUGAAAGUAAAAUUAUAAAUUCAAAAUGCAAUAAAACAUCUAAUCCUACAAUAUUACAUCAAACUAUAAUAAAUGAAUUUGUUCAAAAAACAAAAAAUAAUGAACUCCAUACAUCACAUGAAACUCAUACUAAUAAUAAUAAAUUUUCAACUCCAAUAAAUACUUCAACAAAUACAUCCCAAAAUAUAGAUAUCAAGGAUUGUGCAGAUAUAUUAGAUAAAUUAUAUGGUAAAUCUUGGCGUAAUAAGGCUGAUAUAUUGUUUCCAAAAUCUGAAUCAAGAGUGAUUAAUACAAUUAAACAAGCAACUAUUACAAAAAAUAGAGCUGUUCAAACUGAAAGAAAGAUAAUAAAUAGAGAAAGAUUGUAUAUAUCAGAUUCAGACAGUUCUAACACAUCUUUAAAGGAUUUAAAAUUACAAAAUCGAUCAAAAAAGAAAAAUGUACGAAAAAAUAUAAAACGAAAAGAUGAUACUUUUAUAAAUGAUCAAACAUCAUCAGAAAGUGAAAAUGAAAGUUUAUAUUAUACUGCAUUAACAAAUCCAAGAGAAUCACAAAAUAGUACACAAUCAAAAACAGUACUUCCAUCGAUUGUACAGCGAGCUAUUAGAAUAUGUGAUACAGAUUCUGAAGAUAAUGAUAAUAUAGAUAACAAUAAUCAAAUAUUUAAUAAUAUAAGAGGAAGAAAAUUAUCAUUCAAUGAAAGUGAAGAUUCAAGUACUAGUGAAUUUGAUCCUGGUGAUGAAAUACCACCAAAAUCUACAAUUAAGAAAGAUUUUAUUAAAACUGUACAAAUACCUAAAUUAAAGACACAAAAUAAAUUAACUUCUGACAUUCCAAAUUAUAAAAAACAUAACAGCUUCUUAGCAUCUUUGAGUGAAAAUGUUUCCCUUACUAAUAUACAUCCAGAUGCUAAGAAAUAUAGAUUAGAUUAUAAAAAUAAUAAAGAAAAUUUAUGUAAAUACUUGUAUAAACUAUAUAAUGAAAAAGUAUUUGAUAAUGAAUUACCAGAAGAUAUGUCAAUAGAAUGGAAUGUUCGUAUGAGAGGAACUGCUGGUUUUUGUUAUAAUAAGAAAUCAGUAAAAACACUUGGUGGUAUUGUAAAAUCAUCACGAAUAGUUCUAGCAACAAAGAUUUUAGAUACUCCAGAUAGACUUAGAGAUACUUUAAUUCAUGAAAUGUGCCAUGCAGCUGCAUGGUUAAUAAAUGGAAUCUCUGAUGGACAUGGUCCAUUUUGGACAAAAUGGGCUAGUAAAGCUAUGAAAAUAUUUCCUGAAUUACCACCAAUAAGAAGAUGUCAUGAUUACAAAAUUAAGACUAAAUUUACAUAUAAAUGUAUAAAUUGUGGAUACAGUAUUGGAAGACAUUCUAAAUCUCUGGAUAUUGAAAAGAAACGAUGUGGACAUUGCUAUGGAAAAUUUGAGUUAUUAUUAAAUAAGACAACAAAAUCUGGAACUGUACAAAUGCAAACACCAAAAAGAGAACCUUCAGCAUUUGCACUUUACGUGAAAGAAAAUUAUAAUUCUGUAAAAAAAGAACGUAAUAUAGGACAUGGUGCAGUAAUGAAACUUUUAGGUCAGCAAUUUUCAGCAAUUAAAAUUGCGAAGAAACAAGAAAAUAUUGAAAAUAAUCCAAAUAUUAUUAAUUAAAUAAGUUAAUUAAAAUUAUAUUUUUUAAAAUUUUAUUAUUUUAUUUAGAGAUUAUGUAUUUCAGAUACUUUGACUAUUCAUAUUUUAUGAUUAUUUUAUAAUUUAUAUAACUGACAUGAUUUUACCAUUGCAGGCAUUGGAAUGUAAAUUAUGAAACGAAAUGUUUAUUAUAGACAGGAUAAAUAAUAUUUGUAAUCAUAAUUUAGUAUAAUUAGAUUAUAUAGACGUAAUUGCGAUUUAUCAAUUUGUAAUUGAAAUUUUAUAAUAAAUGAUAUAUACAAUUA